AUGGCGAUGACUCCUUUAAUGAGUACUAGAAUCCACAUGAAAUGCUUCUCAAUUAAAGUGGGCUAAGUGGUGGAGAAUUAAAAGGUGAUAAAAAUGGUGACAUUAGCAACUCACUCUCGGCUAAUAGAUCUAAAAAUCAAAGCUUCAGCAUUUAAAAGAGACCGUCUAAUAACGGGCUUAAUGCUUCUGAGCACUACACUAACUGAGAUGAAUUGCAAGACCAGAAUAAAAACCCUUUUGGAAGUAAAAAGGGCAGUUUCUUCCUGCUUAGAGAUAAUAGUAACCAGGACAUUAAUAUAAAUACUGAAGUAAAUCAGAGAUAACAGUCUUAGUCUGAAGACUAACCCAAGUAGUGCUAAUCUAAAAUAAAAUAUAUUCUCUUAGAGUUAAAAGAUGUAGGGAUUAAACGAGGAGCUGAAUAUAAAGCAAAUACCUAAAUCUGAUAGAGAUAUAGAUGUAGAAAUAAAAAUAAAUGGUGUGUCGAGAUUACAAUAAAUCUAAUUGCAGCAAAACUUGCAAAUUUCUAAACUUAGAAAUCAGAGUUUGAAUCAGGUGCCUACUAGUAAAAAAAUCAAGAAAGAUAAUUCAUCAUAUUUAAAUGCGGAUUAUAGCCUAAGAGCAUAGAAUAGGUCUCAGCUAGAUCAGAUAACUAAGCCUGACUUACUCAACUAAGAUGCCUCAAUGAAUGAUUUGAAUGAUAAUCACAAGCAUAAUAAUAGUUUUUAGAAUUCAGAUGAGAAAGUAGAUGUUUAAAAGGAAUAAGGAACUUAGACUGCAAACUUUCCUGAUGAUGACCUUUACAAAACUCUAAAUAAUUUCUUCAGCAAUGGACUUUCAGUAGAAAUAAAGCUUAAAUAGCUGAAAAGAGAAAUUAAACCAAGAUUAAAGAACAAAUUCAAAAUGGGCACUGAGAAUAAUCUCAGCUACUCAAGUAACACUCCAUCUCUUCCAUUAUCUUCCCUUGUACAGAAUACUCAGCCAGCAUAAUAAACAAAUGAGACAAGUCAAGUAAUUGAAGAAAAUGACAAUUUAGAACAUGAAGAAGACUCAAGUUGGAAUAGGGAAAGCAUUGGCUCUGUGCUGGAUACUAAACACUAUCUAGAACCAAUAAACACCAACAUUCAAAAUGCUGAUGUCAGCUAUAAACUUCCACAAUCUAAUAAAGGAGUAAGCAAAAAAAUAGAUGAAUUCCACAAAAAGCUUGGCUCUUUUUAUGAGCAUUGGUAAUAGUAGUACUAAAAUGAGUACAAAUAAAAUGGAAGCAGCACCUUAAGGCCUUUUGGAAACGAAUAUGGAAUUAUUGGGUCUUUCACACUGAUGUAAAGUUAGAACUAGCAACUGCUGCAGCAACCUACAUAUCAGUUGCUUCUCAAUAAACAAAGAAAAUAGUCUCGAUUUUAGAAAUAUCUACAUCAAAUAUAAUAUACCGUUAACAAUUAAUUUAAUAACUAAUGA